CCAACUAUUUUAUCGCGAAUCUGGUAUCUGAACAGUCACCAGUUAACCACGACGCGUUUGACGUUGAUGACGUUAUGUCUUAAUAUUUUUCUUACAUUCAUGCGGCGAAUAUGACUAUUGACAGUUCGAAGUUCUGUCAUUAUUAGAUUUAAGACAGUUCAGGCUUUGCUCAUUUUUUAAUUAGUUUAUUGUUAAAUCCUGGUUAAAUAGAGCAGUAUUGUAGCUGUUCAACAUGAUGUAUUUACUGUGAAUAAAUUUGAUAGAAGGAGAAAAAUGUAUAAUUUAGGAUAGAUAGUGAUGCAUAUCUCUAGGACAAGAUCUUUUGUAUAAAGGAGGAGAAGAAAGAAAGAUGUAUCGAUCCUAUAAUCAUCUGAAUUUUAUUCGAAGUAUAACAUGUAGAUAUCAUGCCGAUCAGUUAUGCAUAUUCCAGAUUGGAUUAAGUAAAAGACAUGCCAGUAUUUUAAUAGUGCCCAAGUAUGGUGCGCAAUGCAAAGUACAUGUGCUUUCAUAUUCUCAAAAUGUCUUUGCUAACAAAAAGAUAGACAAGCAUGAAAAUGGCAGAUGGAUCAAUCUAGCAAGGUUUUUAUCUGACAAUGCAAAGAGUAAGAAGGAUGACUCUGAAACGAAAUUGGGUCAACAAGUUCAGCAGAAAAUAAUAGAAUUAAAUGAAGACAAACUGGGCAAAUUAAAAGAGAGAGUGUUAGACAUAAAACCAAUUGAUUCUAGUGAUGAUAAGGAAAAGGAGAAAGAAGUGACUAAAUUUGCUGAAAGACAAUCUGCAGAAUCCAAAGAAUCAUUGAAGGACGAUGUUCUAUCGAAGAAAGCGAAAAAGAAAAUCAAAGUCGAUAAAUCGACAUCUUUGGAACGUAAUUUUAUUACACCUGUGAAAGCUAUGUCAGAUUUUUUAUUAAAGCCUUCUGAUUUGGAAUCUUUACCAAAAACAAAGAGACGUUCCCCAUAUGAGUUUGAACCACCUAUUACAGUUUAUUGGAGGAAAGAUGUUGAGGCUAAAGCUCUAGAAGUUUGGGGAUCUCGAGAGGCUUUGCUGAAAGAACUUUUGAAGAAAGAAGUUGAGCGAAAGAUUUAUCAGCAGAAUGUUUUUACGGUCAAACGGAGAUUGAGGGAUUACAGGCGGGAAAUUGGUAACAAGACAGAGAUAAUUCAGAAGGAAGGCCUUUUUGGAAGAUCUGGCAAAGUAGUAUUGACUGCAAUAGCUAUAAAUGCUAGUAAUUUCAUAUGUAAAUUAAUUGCUUGGUUAUAUACUGGCUCGCAUAGUAUGUUUUCUGAAUGCAUACACUCUGCAGCGGAUACUUGCAAUCAACUAAUUCUAGCCUAUGGUAUUCAUAAAUCAGUGCAGAAUCCUGAUCCCGAUCAUCCGUACGGUUACACAAAUAUGAAGUAUGUUUCUUCAUUGAUAUCAGGCGUGGGAAUCUUUUGCGUUGGCACGGGUCUUUCCAUCUAUCACGGGAUUCAUGGUCUUCUGUUUCCCGCGCCGUUCGAAUCUCUUUUUUGGGCAUACUUUGUCCUAGGAGGAUCCUUGUUGUCGGAAGGAGCGACUUUAAUGAUAGCAUUGCAGUCUAUUAAGAGAGGCGCACAGGAGAAGAAAGAAAGCUUUAAACAAUUUGUCUUAGAAGGGCAGGAUCCGUCCGUAAAUGUCGUGCUUAUGGAAGAUUUUGCAGCUGUACUUGGAGUUAUCGUCGCAGCGGGAUGUAUGGGUUUGACUUCAUAUCUGGAAAAUCCAAUGUUCGAUGCCUUUGGUUCGCUUCUGGUGGGCGGUUUACUCGGUGGAGUGGCAUCCUUUAUAAUUUAUUCGAAUGUUGCUGCGCUUAUAGGAAGGAGUAUAUCACAGGAAAAUUUGGAUAAAAUUAAUGCCGAAUUAGAAGCGGAUAUAAUGGUACGUGCGAUUCACGAUGUGAAAGGCAUCGACAUGGGUAAUCAUUUGGUACGAUACAAAGCUGAAUUAGAUUUUGAUGGACGAGAACUCACAAGAUCUUAUCUAGACAAACAUGAUCUUGUUACAAUGCUGGAGGAAGUAAAAAGUAUGCAAAAUAUCGACGAGUUAGAAGCGUUUUUAUUGAAACAUGGUGAAAAUAUUGUAGAUAUGCUCGGUGGAGAAAUUGAUAGAAUAGAAUUAAAGUUAAAGAAAAAUCAUCCAGAAAUACGACAUUGUGAUUUAGAAAUUCUAUAAAGAUACCUGAUGGCAUAGAAUAAUUUAAUUUAAAUCUAAAUUAUAAACUUUCUCUUCUCUUGCUCCUUUUCCUAUAGAUGUACAUUAUUAUUUAUAACCUCUUUCAAUCCUAGACGUAAUUUUAAUAUAGAAAUGAUUUAAACAAAGUGAUUAUACUUUAAGAUAGAAGUUAUUUCAUUUUGUUUCAGAGAAAAAUCACUUUUUGUAAAUGUUUUAUAAGUUAUAUACAGCUGUACAGAAGGAUUAUUACAUACCAUUCAGUACAAUAAAAUCAAUAGAAAUUU